AUAUUACAAUUUUUUAAUAACCAAACUAGACUAUUGUUACUAAUAGCUAGUGUAGCAGUCAUAGAUAAUGGAUAUACGAAGGGUAAGCAGUAGUCAACGAGAUUUUUCUACAUAUAUAUGCCUAGUUACCAGCAUAGCGUUGGAAGUCCUUAAAAAAAAUAUAGCUUUUGAUCGCUUUUGAUAAAUAUUUUGAUUAAAAACUACGAUUUGAUUUUAUUUUUAACAAAAGCAGUGUUGCCAGUGCUUUAGUAGUUGUUAGAAAGAGCAAGGUUGAUCAAAUGCUAAAUGUAAGAAUGAGAAGAAGAAUCCUUAGAGUAAAUGACCGACAACAUUGGUGUGUGAAUAGAGACGCCAUAAGUGUUUUAUGUGAGUUUAUUUAACAAUAUUUACAUAUUUUUGAGAAGAUGAUGUUUGCAGAGCUGGAGUUCUGAUAAACGAUGAGUUCGACAAUGAAGCCUGUAAUGUCGCAGGGGAACAAGACUGCUCCUGUGUCCUCUCAGAUAAAUAAACAAAUUCAUCCCCAAGGCAUUCCGACUACUUAUGCACAGUCAAUAAGCCAUAUGCCACAAAAUCUUAUUAGUGUACCCCACAAUACAAAUGUACACACUAAUGCACAUAGCAUUGCACAUCAUGUAAACACAAAUGUACACAACACUAAUCAUUAUUCCUUGAAUGUUCCGAAUGCCCCUCAACACUUUCCAAUUAGUGGAAAUUCUCCAGUCUUGCAUUCAAAUACACAUGCACACUCGGGUAUGGGACAUCCUGUUGGAUCUUUUGGUAAUCCUUCCAAGACACCAAUAUAUGAACCAAACUAUCAAAGUAAUCAGGGACAGUUGGAAAAGAAUCCGAAUUUGCUCUCAGUACAAAAUAAUUCGUUGCCUCAAAGUUCGAGCAGUGGACCUCAUGUCAGAGAAAAUGUAACUGCAUCUGCUUCUACUGAAAAAGUUCAAUCAAAUGGUACUUCGGAGAGUAGUGUCUCUUCUAAAGAACCCAAAUCCUCAUAUGUUCCAUCUCCUGUUAAGGACAAACCUAAUUCUACACCACUUCAGCAAGUAGAUAAACCUGCUUUAACUGUAGAAAAGAAAGACGAAACUUCUGAAUGUCUGCUUACAUCACAAGAAAAAUUACAAACUACAACAGCUUUAGUACCUAAUGUUCCUGAACAGAAAACUGAGCAUGUUGUUAAACCUGAUGAAAGUUCAAAUUCUUCAAGUGUGGAAUCAAACGAUUCUGAGCCAUCAGAGAAACCUAUUUCUGCCAAUUCUUCAGAUGUACCAGAAAGCACCUCUUCUGUAAUGGAAAAUAUAAGUUCAACUCCUUCUAGUUCUGAACCUUCAGGUACAAUAUCUCCUAAAUUCAUGCCAAAUGAAAAUGAAACUAAGAAAGAAGAAUUAAAAGAUAUUACCACCAAGGAAGCCCCCAAAACCUCGCCUUCAAAAGAUCAAGUUCAGCAAUCAGCAUCUACAAAUCCCAAGUCUUCUACACUAAAAUUGGCUACAACAGCAAGAACUCCAGUUAGGAAAUCAAAGGCAAAGUCAGAUGCUGUGGAGAAUCCUAAAAUGGGUUCCAAAAAUGAAAAGUCUCCUACCCAGCGAUCUCCUGGUUCCAUGACCAAAGCCAAGAGGAACCGUAUUAGAACCCAGCAUUAUCAGAGUCCUUUACCUGAGGUUGAAAUGAUUUCAAAGAUGACCAGUUCAAGCACACCUCGAAAUAAAAAUAAUGAAGAUAGACUUAUCAUAUUUUUUAAAAACGAAUUUUUGGCAGUGAGGAAUGCUGAUGGCGGUUUCUAUGUAUGUCAAGCUGUCCAGAACAUUUAUAAAUCCUCGCCAAGGAUCCGCAUUCGUUGGCUUUCUCAGGAUAAAAAUGACAAGUCCGGUGAAUUUUAUACUCCAGACUUCUAUGAUUACACAGACUUUGAUUGCAUUUUGACCAAUUUGAAUUUGGAACGCGUUGAAAAGGGCAAAUUCAGACUUCCUUCGAAGGAGAAAGAUCGCACAGACAAUAUCUUAAAAAGAGCAUUGGCCGUGGAACAAGGUGAUUCGAAAGUACCCUCACUCACUGAAGAACAUCCUGACGGAAUUGAUCUAUCAUUAUACAAAGAGGAAAGCCAGCUGAAAAAGAAACGUCGACCAAGUAAGAGAAAAGCUUCGUCGCCGUUAAGAUCACCUGCAAAAUUGUCGUCUGCUGGAGUGGAUAAGAAGUUGCCUGAAACUCCAAAAGUAAAAAAGAAGGCUCAGGCUACUGCUAAAAAAGUAACCAGAAAACAACAGCAACAAACUGCUGCGGCGGUGGAAAGGAAGGCAACCGGUACGGCCACAACUACGACGAAAAGAGUCCCGUCCACGAGCGGAGGCCGAGCUGAGAGGGCUAAAAGACGAUUGCACGAGACAGCGAGUGUUUCUAAAUCAGCUGCUUCCACUCCUGUCGACUCCAAGAAGGCCAAGGUAUUGGCUAAAAUGGCGAAGAAGAGGACUGGCGUGUCUGUACCAGUUACUAAAGUUUCAAAAGCAGCUGUCAAAACGUCAAAAGCUGCCGUUUCAAAAGGUCAGAAGCAACCUCCUCCUAAGCAGGCGUUGCAGCCUCAGCAGCAAGUGAGAAAAUCAAGGCGGGGCCGAAAAUAAAACGAAUAAGAAUUUAUUUAUAUAUAUAUAAUUACUUUCACACUGUUGUUUUUUAUCUUAUUUUAUUUUUAUACUCUAUAAUGAUAGAAAAAGUGGGAAUUACAAAUAAAAUUAGGGAGAUGGAAAAAAAGAAGUAAGAGAUAUUGCGAAUGUGUGUAUGUGUGCUUAAUUGCGUGUUCGAGUGAUAUGAAAUGAGAGAACGAUCCGCCCUCCGAAUACGAAAACGAUUGAAAAGUAUAUAAAAUGCGGGAAUUAUUUCUUCUCUUCUCAAAUUCAGAGCAAAUUAUAUGUCCGCUAUAUUGUUUGAUCCCUAUAAUAAUUGAUUAUUGCAGAUUUUUGAGCAAUUUCAAUUUCAGUAUUUAUUAUUUUAUAUACAUUUUAAAUGAUUAAUUAUGUAGGUGUAUAUUAUUAUUAAUUAUUAUUCGUACUUUAUGUAAGUGGGUGUGGAUUGUAUUGGAAAUUGACACCUGCAGGAGCACAGUUGUGUGGCAAUAAUUUUUUGUUAGAAUAAAUAAAAUGGUCUUAUUUUAUCCAUUAAAAAUGACAUCGAAAAAUAUGUAAUUUACUUUGUAAGAAAAGUUACUAUUGGAAACGUUUUGAAAAUUGACAGAAAAAACGGUAAUUUUGAAAUUAGACUUAAGCCAGCA